GCUCAUCUAGUGAGUUAAAAAGAGAAGCUCGUCGAGUGAUAGUUUCUCUAGGAUUCAUGGCACCAAUGUCGAUCAUGGUGGUCAUCCUCGCGUUUCUCCUCGCGAUGACGAUCGCCCCCACGCCAAUCCUCGCUGCCGACGAGGACAUGCUCCAGGACGUUUGCGUCGCGGACAACACGUCCGCCACGAUCAAUGGCGUGGGGUGCAAGCCCUUCGCCGCGGUGGUGGCCGAGGACUUCAAGUCGGGCGUCCUCAAGAACCCGGGCAACACCGACAACAAGCUCGGCGCCAUCGUCACCGCUGCAAACGUUGGCAAUUUCUCUGGGCUCAACACGCUGGGCGUCUCGUUUGCCCGCCUCGACUACGCUCCCGGCGGUGUCAAUCCCCCGCACGUCCACCCCCGGGGCACCGAGCUCCUCUUCCUCGUCGAGGGGAAGCUCUACGUGGGCUUCGUCACCACCGCGCCGCAGAACAAGCUCUUCGCGCAGACCAUCUAUCCCGGCGAGCUCUUCGUCUUCCCCCGCGGGUUGAUCCACUUCCAGAUCAACAUUGACAAGGAGCCCGCGGUGGCGGUGGCCGGGUUCAACUCGCAGAACCCCGGAGUUUCCCAGGUUGCCAAGGCCGUGUUUGAUUCGGACCCGCCCAUCCUGGACGAUGUCAUCGAGAGGGCGUUCCAGAUCGAUGCUCAUCUCCUCCAGAAGCUCCGGGAGCUCAUCGGGAUGACUUGAUAUCGACAAGCUCCAUGGACUGGAAGCUCUUGUCAAUAAGCUGCCAACUUUUGUGACUGGUUGGUUUUUCAUGUGGUGUCCCUACUACCUAUACAUCUAGAAUGUUGGCUCCUCUCUUUCUGUCUAAAUCGCGACUCUUCGUGUCAGAAUCCAAAGUUAUGUAAUACGUUUCAAACUUAUCAGCCACCUUUUUCUACAAACGAGUGAUUCGAUCUUCUUC